AUGAAUUUAGAUUAAGCAUUCACAUUUGGUUAAGAUUGUUAUAAUCAAGAUUAAAUAAAUCCAUCUAAGCAUCCUAAAAUUAGUAAAAAAUCACCAUUUUAUUCAAUUGUAAAACCAACAACGUAUUUUUUGUUAAAAUAAAAAAGAUCUUAAAAAAAUUAUAGAAUUAAGGAUACAUCUGUUUAAUAAUUAGCAUAGACAAUAUAAAAAAAUACAAAUAAGGAGAAUUAUAAUUCUCAUUAAUGUAAUGUUGUGUUACCUAAACAUACACGUAAUCCUACAGAUCUUAAUUUGAUAAGAUUUGACACAUCCCCAAAUUCUUAAUUAGAAAUUUCAAACAAUUCAAGAGGAAAUAAUUCAAAAUAAGAAAAUUAACGAAGAUUAUCAUUCAAUACACCUAAUCAAACUAUUAGAACUUCAUUACCACCUGUUAAUAAUAAUGAAAAAUAUAAAAAGAUAGCCAUAUAAAUGAAGGAACUCAUUUAAUAAUAGAAAUAUAACUAUGAAAUUGGAGAUUAUGAAUAAUUAGAGUUUAUUUUUUAAAAGCUCAAUUUACUAUGUGAUUAAUUAUGA